CUUGUCAUUUUGUGUUCAAUCAAAGUUAUAUUUUCCGGUUUCCCACGUCAAAAAUAUUUUAGAUAUCGCCGCACCCAUUAAAAAUCCGUGAUAUUAUAAUUGGAAAUAAAUAUGGGUGACCACUUGCCGGCCUGUGUUAUCGAUGUGGGAACAGGGUAUACCAAGCUGGGCUUCGCUGGCAACAAGGAGCCCCAGUUUAUCAUUCCUUCAGCCAUAGCGAUAAAAGAAACUGCUAAAGUUGGUGAUCAGAGUACUAGACGGAUGACUAAGGCCGUGGAGGACUUAGAUUUCUUUAUCGGUGACGAAGCGUUCGAGGCGACGGGGUACUCUGUGAAGUAUCCUGUCCGUCACGGUCUAGUUGAAGACUGGGAUUUGAUGGAAAGGUAUAUCGAGCAGUGUAUUUUCAAGUAUUUACGCGCUGAACCUGAGGACCAUCACUUCUUGAUAACAGAGCCGCCGCUGAACACACCGGAAAAUCGCGAAUAUCUCGCCGAGAUAAUGUUUGAGUCAUUCAAUGUGCCGGGUUUGUACAUAGCCGUACAAGCGGUCCUUGCACUCGCAGCGUCGUGGAAAUCGCGUACAUCGGCCGGACGUACGUUUACCGGUAUCGUGGUCGACAGUGGCGAUGGUGUAACUCACAUUGUACCGGUCGCUGAAGGCUACGUCAUCGGCUCCUGUAUCAAACAUAUUCCAAUAGCAGGUAGGAACAUUACAUCAUUCAUUCAGUCGCUUUUACGUGAACGCGAAGUGGGAAUCCCUCCAGAACAGAGUUUGGAAACUGCAAAAGCUAUAAAAGAAAGAUACAGUUAUAUCUGUCCAGACAUUGCAAAGGAAUUUGCAAAAUAUGACUCAGAUCCUGCUAAAUGGAUGAAAAACUACACAGGCAUCAAUGCAAUCACGAAAAAUCCAUUCUCAGUUGAUGUUGGAUAUGAGCGAUUCUUAGGGCCGGAGAUUUUCUUCCAUCCAGAGUUUUCUAAUGCAGAUUUCACAGUGCCCUUGAACGAGAUGGUCGAUGAAGUGAUACAAAGCUGCCCCAUUGACGUGCGAAGAGGCUUAUAUGGGAAUAUUGUUUUGUCUGGAGGGUCUACAAUGUUCAGAGAUUUUGGUAGGAGGCUUCAACGGGACAUUAAGAGAACUGUUGAUGCGAGGUUAAAGUUGUCUACAAUGUUAUCUGAGGGCCGUAUCACACCAAAACCUAUUGAUGUCCAAGUGAUAUCACACAAUAUGCAGAGAUAUGCUGUGUGGUUUGGAGGGAGUAUGUUGGGCUCGACACCUGAAUUUUACCAGGUGUGUCACAGUAAACAAGCCUACAUGGAGUAUGGACCCAGCAUCUGCAGACACAAUCCUGUAUUUGGCACCAUGACAUAAUGAAAUUGACUUAUUUUAAAUACCAGUAUUCUGCAGUUAGUCUUCGUACUUACUGUAUGCUAUAUUCUCAAAAUAAAUUAUAGGCUUUACUGCAGAACAGAAUUGAAAUAUUGUUUGACAAAACACACAGUAACUCGAAGACUGCCUGUUUAUUGAAUUUAGUUAGUUAAGCAUCAAUAAUUAUUAUUAUGGGUAAGUAUUCGAAAUAAGUUAAAAAUGCUAGACAGAAAUCAUUUAUUACAAUUUUUAUGGUAAAAAAACUGCAUUCUGAAAUUAUUAUCCUGUAUAAUGUAAAAUAUUGCCAAUAAUCUUAUGUACUAUUUUAUUUAAUAGAUAAAUCAUUAUUUACAGCUGGAGGGUAAAAAUAACUAAGCAUUUAAUGUACUUGUUGCAUUCCAGCUUUUUACCAAAUAAAGACUUUUUACUACA